AUGUCGGUCGAGCAAAACCCUACCUUGGAGAAGGACAUCGGUCCCGAGACCGAGAGCAACGGAACUGCUCCCCUCAGGCACGAGAUGACUGCGGAGGAGACGGCUAGAGCUGCUGCGCGCUUCGGCUAUGGUCCGAUGGCUCACGUCAACACCGCCGAGGCCAACUUGCGUCCCUUCGGAGGAGAGUUCCAGCCUGGUCUAUACAAGUCGGUCGAAGGUCGCAAGUUCGCCAACCCGGCUCCUCUGGGUCUCUGCGCUUUCGCCCUCACCACUUUCGUCCUGAGCGCAGUCAACAUGGGAACCCGGGGUAUCUCCGCGCCCAACAUCGUCGUCGGCCUGGCUUUUGGAUAUGGUGGUCUCGUUCAGCUGCUUGCUGGCAUGUGGGAAAUGGCGGUUGGAAACACUUUCGGUGCCACUGCUCUGUCUUCUUAUGGUGGUUUCUGGAUCUCCUUCGCGAUCAUUUUGACUCCCGGUGGAUUCGACAUCGAGUCUGCGAUUGAAUCGGCUGGCGGUGCUCCGAUGUUUUACAACUCGAUGGGUCUCUUCCUCAUGGGCUGGUUCAUCUUCACCACCAUCAUGCUGUUCUGCACCCUGCGCUCGACCGUUGCAUUCUUCCUGCUGUUCUUCUUCUUGGACUUGACCUUCUUGCUCCUGGGUAUUGGAUACCUGCAGCGCAACGAUACCAACGAGGUCAACACCCCUGUCAUCAAGGCCGGUGGCUUCUUCGGCUUCCUGGCUGCUUUCGCUGCUUGGUACAACGCCCUGGCGGGUAUUGCCGACAGCAGCAACAGCUUCUUCAUCAUCCCUGUCGCCCACUUCCCGUGGUCUCCGACCGCUCGUUCUCGCCAGAAGACUGCUCGCGAGACGGUCUAAGGGGGUGCAGUGCUCGUAUAGUCCCAGGCCCUGCAAGCGGCCUCGCUAUGUUCCGAUGAACAUGCCAUUGUUAUAAUUCUGAUACCCAUUCAUGUAGGACCGUCCUGUUUAGCGAAUGGUUCGCAGUGUCGGCCUUCGCACCGGGUUGUUGUCCGAUACAUUAAUUGUUUUUU